UUAAACUAGAAUCAGCAUUCUCUUGUUAGUCAGAUUUAAAGUAUUUUUUGAAAACGCCAACCAUUAAGCAGGUCUUUAACACGUUUAUUAUUGAACCCAGUCUUCUGUAUUGUUGUUUUUAUUAGUCUCAUGUAAUAUUCUAGUCCUAAAUUCAUUCAAUGUAAACAGAAUAUAACUAAGAGACCUAAACGCUUUGAUAAUAUGUUCAUUUACAAUAUUAGACUGUACUUUGUGCCUUCAUCGGGUCCACAAUGAGCACAUGUGUUGUGUUUACCUCACGAGGAAUCCCAUUGGUCAAACUCGACAUAGUCCCGCCCUCUCUCCGCCCAGCCCGCCUGUGAUUGGCCAGCUGCGUCUCUGCUCAUGUCUCUCCACAUUCACCAAGCAGCAAACGCCUCAGAGGCCGCUUCCCGCAGGGGUUCAUGGGAAAUGUGGUGUUAACUUGUGUUGAUUGAACCAGUGAGCGGCGCUGUGGGAACUACAACUCCCACGAAACGAGCAACAGGUGGACUUUCAGCACCGGGUGACGAACUUCAUUCACAUCCUUCAGAAGAAUCCAGUUUCUGAGUUUAUCAGCAGAAAUGUCUGAAGGAACGCAGCUGCGGAGGCGAGGCGGGCCGUUUAAGACGGAGCCGGCCACAGACCUGAGCCGCUGGAGGCUGAGAAACGCAGAGGGCAGGCAGACCUGGAGCUACGUGGACGACCAGGAGACGCCCAGCAGGGAGCAGACCAUGCUGGAAGCUCAUUCUCUGGGUCUGGACAUCAGUCAGUUUGUGUCAGACUCCUCGGCCUCUGAAACGGCUCUGGAUGCUGCAGUUAAAGGUAUGAACUUCUACAGACGGCUCCAGGCUGAGGACGGCCACUGGGCCGGGGACUACGGUGGACCCCUCUUCCUGCUCCCAGGUCUCCUUAUCACAUGUCAUGUUGCUAAGAUUCCUCUGCAUGAGGCCUGGAAGAAGGAGAUGGUGAGAUACCUGCGCUCCGUUCAGCUGCCAGACGGAGGCUGGGGGCUACACAUUGAAGAUAAAUCCACAGUGUUUGGAACGGCGCUGAGCUACACGUCUCUGAGGAUUCUGGGAGUUGAUCCUGAUGAUCCAGAUCUGGUUCGUGCUCGGAACAACCUGCACAGCAAAGGCGGCGCCGUCGGGAUCCCAUCGUGGGGGAAGUUCUGGUUGGCUGUUCUGAACGUCUACAGCUGGGAGGGACUGAACACGUUGCUGCCAGAGAUGUGGCUCUUCCCCGCCUGGAUGCCAGCCCACCCAUCCACCCUGUGGUGCCACUGCCGCCAGGUCUACCUGCCGAUGAGCUACUGCUACGCUGUCAGGAUGUCGGCAGAGGAAGACCCUCUAAUUCUCAGCCUUCGACAGGAGCUUUUCGUCCAGGAUUUCGCCUCCAUUGACUGGAUUGCUCAGCGGAACAACGUGGCCGCCUGCGACCUGUACACUCCUCACAGCUCGCUGCUCUCUGUCGCCUACAUGGUGCUGAACCUGUAUGAAGCUCAUCACAGCGUCGCGCUGAGGAAGAUGGCCGUCAGAGAGCUGUAUGACCACAUCCAGGCCGACGACCGCUUCACCAAGUGCAUCAGCAUCGGGCCGAUCUCGAAGACGAUCAACAUGCUGGUUCGCUGGUACGUGGACGGCCCCACGUCGGCCGUGUUUCAGGAACACGUCUCCAGGAUCCCAGACUACCUGUGGCUGGGACUGGAUGGGAUGAAAAUGCAGGGAACCAACGGCUCUCAGCUCUGGGACACGUGUUUCGCCGUUCAGGCUUUCCUGGAGGCUGGAGCGCAGGACGACCCCAACCUGGUCGGAUGUCUCCAUGACGCCCAUGACUUCCUCAGGGUCACGCAGAUUCCUGAGAAUCCACCUGAAUACCAGAAAUACUACAGACAGAUGAACAAGGGCGGCUUCCCGUUCAGCACGCGGGACUGUGGCUGGAUCGUGGCCGACUGCACGGCGGAGGGCCUGAAGUCGGUGAUGCUGCUGCAGGAGCUCUGUCCCUCCAUCAGACAGCCAAUCAGCUCGCAGCGUUUGUACGACGCCGUUAAUGUGCUGCUGAGCCUGAGGAACAGAGACGGAGGAUUUGCUACGUAUGAAACUAAACGAGGAGGAAAACUCCUGGAGCUGCUCAACCCGUCUGAAGUGUUUGGUGACAUCAUGAUAGACUACACCUAUGUGGAGUGCACGUCUGCAGCCAUGCAGGCGCUGAGGCAUUUCCUCCAGGUUCACCCCGAUCACCGCGCCGCAGAGAUCAGAUCCACCCUGAGAGACGGGCUGGAGUUCUGCCGGCGGGUUCAGAGGACCGACGGAUCCUGGGAGGGAUCCUGGGGAGUUUGCUUCACAUAUGGAACCUGGUUUGGUCUGGAAGCCUUCGCCUGCAUGGGUCACACCUACCAGGCCGAAGACGUCCCGGUGGAGGUGCAGAAAGCGUGCCGGUUCCUGCUGCAGCAGCAGAUGACUGACGGAGGCUGGGGGGAGGACUUUGAGUCGUGUGAGCAGCGGCGCUACGUCCAGAGCGCCGCGGCUCAGAUCCACAACACCUGCUGGGCUUUGCUGGGACUCAUGGCCGUCAGACAUCCUGACCAGCAGGCCAUCGAGAGAGGAGUCCAGCUGCUGGUCCAGAAGCAGCUUCUCAACGGAGACUGGCCUCAGGAAAACAUUUCUGGUGUGUUCAACAAGAGCUGCGCCAUCAGCUACACCUGCUACAGAAACGUCUUCCCCAUCUGGACCCUGGGCCGAUUCUCCAGGCUCUAUCCCAGCAGCCCGCUGGCCGGGAAGCUGAAGCUCUGACGUCCUGACCUCUGACCCCACUGACAUGUUUUCUUUCUUAUUCCAUCAGCUGUAGCAGAUACCACAGCAAUCAGUCAGAGACACUAAUAUCAGUGAAAGAGGAGGAAUCUUGUGCCACAAGCUGCUAAGUGGAAUCACUGAUGACUGAAUCCUGAAGAGUUUAUUGAUCCAUCAUUUACUGAAUAUUAGAGUUUAGUUUCUGAUUUUAUCCCAGACCUGUAAUGGUUUGCUCCACUGGUUAGGCUGCUUAGAAACAUCAUAAAUGAAACAUUGAUCAACAUAUUUGAUGUGUAUUGAUGAUUUUGAUAACGGUAUUUGACAGAAUAUAAGGUUUGAAUACGGUCUGAUGUUUUUAUGAUGUAAAGCACAUUUAACUGAAAUGAUGCUAUACCAAUAAACGUGACUUGACUAUGAGUCGUACAUAAAGUACAAUCUGUAUAAAAUAUGCAUGUAUUAACAAAAAAAGGAAAAUGUUUGGGGUCCCAAACAAACCCUGGCUCUGGCCCAGUCCUUCCUAAUCUGGCCCAGAGUGAAGGAUUGUGGGAGUUUUAGUGAAGCUCGUCAGCAGUGUGGUAAUUUUUUUAUGACAUGGAAAGCUUUGGGAAAUACAUAAGAAAAUAUUGGUUCUCAGCCAUAACAGUAAUGUAAAUAUUGGAUGCUGAUACCGGCCCAAACUGUUAUGUUGGUGUAUUAAUAAUUUCAUUGUUUGUCUUGACAUAUUGUCCAUUUUCAGGAAACAGUAAACAAACAUGAUCUCA